AUGGUGAAAGAUCUCACUACAACACAAAGAAACCAAGUGGUGCAAUUCAUCCUCCAAGGCAGCAUUGAUGGGAAGCCGAAACAUGGCAGAAUACUUGAAGCCGUUCAGAAAUUCUCAACCUCUCAUUCCACUGUUACUCGACUGUGGAGGGCUGCAAGAAAGCAACAUCAAGCAGGUGAAGUUAUACACAGUGUAAGUCGAAAGAUUACUACAAAACGUAGAACUCGAGUUCAUCUAGAUUUGACUGUUCUAUCAAAUCUCGAAUACACCAAGCGAGGCACGAUUAGGAAGCUUGCAGUUGGUCUAGAAACCAGUAAGAGCACCAUUGGUAGGUGGGUGAAAACUGGAAAAAUCAGAGCACACACAAGUGCUCUAAAACCAGAUUUGACAGCCACCAACAAGCUAUUGAGGCUGCGAUUCUCACUUGAAUCCUUAGAAUUGGAUAGGAUUCUUAAUAAAAUCAAAUUCAGAGAUAUGCAUAACACCGUGCAUAUAGACGAGAAGUGGUUUUACAUUACUCGAGGUUCACAUAGAUACUACUUAGCACCCGGAGAGCCCGAGCCACACCGAACAUGUAAAAGCAAGAAAUUCAUUACCAAGAUCAUGUUUAUGUGCGCUGUAACAAGACCAUUGAUAGCAGAAAAUGGUACUGUUUUAUUUGAUGGUAAAAUAGGUAUAUUUCCAUUCACCAUCCAAGUUCCAGCUAAGAGAAAUAGUAGGAACAGACAAGCUGGCACACUUGAGACUAAAGCAAUCGAGUCAAUCACAAAAGAAGUGAUUAAAGAUUGUUUAAUCAACAAGAUCAUACCAGCCAUAAUGGCUAAGUGGCCAGAGGGAGCUAGCAAAGAUAUAUUCAUUCAACAAGACAAUGCAAGACCUCACAUACUAGAUAAUGAUCCAGAUUUCAGGAAGGCAGCUAGUCAAGGAGGCUUCAACAUUAGACUCACACAACAGCCACCAAACAGCCCAGAUUGUAAUGUAAAUGACUUGGGAUGGUUCCGAGCCAUUCAAUCGUUACAAGUUGAGACUGCGUGCAAAACAGUAGAUGAACUAUUGAAGGCAGUUGUGGAUUCUUUUGAGAAGCUAUCACCCCAUACUCUUAAUGCUGUUUUUCUUAGUUUACAGGGAUGCAUGAUGGAAAUCAUGAAGUUUAAGGGGCAGAAUUGUUACAAGAUUCCACACAUGGGAAAAGAUGCACUUAGAAGGUUGAACCAACUGCCACAGAACUUGGAAGUCCCAGUGGAGUUAAUUCAAGGGUGUAUAGAUUACCUAAAUGAGAUGGGCAACCAAGAUGGAAUCACAGAAAUAGUGCAAAGCCUUGGUUUAGAUGAGAUUGAAGUAUCUGUUCUUUUCACCUCAAAACAAAUCAGGCUCAUCACAACAAGUUCAGAGCAACAAAUCAGGCUUAUCACAACAAGUUCAGAGCAACAAAUCAGGCUAAAUCAGGCUCAUCACAACAAGUUCAGAGCAACAAAUCAGAGCACAUCACAACAAGUUCAGAGCACCACCAACAACAAUUCAGAGCACCAACAACAAUUCAGAGCACCAAAUCAGAGCACCAACAAGUUCAGAGCAACAAAUCAGGCUAAAUCAGGCUCAUCACAACAAGUUCAGAGCAACAAAUCAGGCUAA